CGCAUAGCGGAAGCUGCAAGAGACAUGCGGCAACUGUGUGGGUUGAGGGAGUGAGGGGUCCCGCCUCUCUCUCUCUCAGUCGCUCUGUGACAGCUCUCGUAGCUAGACAGCGUUCUUGGAGCUCUUCCUCACGGUAAAAAAGCAGCCAUCACACUCAUUCCUUCACCAGCUGAGUCACAAUGAAUGAGCUUACUAGAGUAACAAUGAACCACCUUGACAAUGAAUUCAUUUCAAUAUAUUCAACCGUCUCUGACCCUGAAGGUACGCCGUUCGGUCACCUCGCCUUCGAAGAGUCGCUCGUCAAUCAUCUUCAAGAUAUGGCGCUUCUGUUAGAACUCCAGCAGGAGGUACGUGCGGACGUCAGGAGGCAACGGGCAGAGGGAGGUGGCCGGCGUCCCAGGCAAGACCCACAUCCCCGACGCCAGGCAGUCAGGAACGACCAGGUGAAUUUUCCGGAGGAACGAGACGUUAGUAUACAAGGACAGAGGCAGAGUCAGUUGGGUUCGGUGGAGAUGUUACAGGAGGAGGAGGAGGAUGAUGAUGAGGCUCUGGAACGUCUCCUGGAAGCCCCAGAGGUUUCCGGGUUGAUGGAUUCCGAGGACUCUGUAGACUGGCUGGCUGACAAGUAGCUGCCUCCACAUCUAGCCUAAAGCAACAUUUGCUGGCUAGAUAGAAGCGUGUUUGUAUUGAGAUUUUAUAUAAAAUCUACCAACAUUUUUCCUCUCCUGACUAUCCCAUUCUUUCCUUCCUCUUCUCACUGCCCCCUCUUUCUUCCCUAUCCUCACUGUUCCCUCUUUCUUCUCUCUCCUCACGCCCCCUUCAUUCUUGAAACUCUUUACGGCUUUAUGUUAACCCAGGGACCAAGAGCCGUGUCCCAACAACGACCUUCAGAGGUCGCGAGGGAUCCCUUAGUUUAAUAUCUUUGAUUUAUCAUAAUAAAACAUUAUCCCAAAACUCUUCAACAAACUGGAGGAUGUAAAAGAUAUAUAUGGAUAUACCUUUCAAGUUAACAUUUUUUUAUAGUAAUCAUAUAAUACGUUUAUGUGACUAUGCAAAAGAUCCUAUAUGUAGCUUUAUGGUCUAUAUGUGAACUAAACAUAGCUACCAAGAGGCUGAGGGAGAGUGGGGUGGCCCAGUACUGGUUUGUGGGUCCCAGUUGAGAGGGUGACCCGGUACAAGCUUGUGACCCCCAGUAAUAAUGGGGUGACAGUACUGGUGAUAAUACUGGUGACCCAGUACUAGCUCCUCAGUGGCCAAUGACAGAAUCUACUGUCAUGUUUGAUGGCAAUAAAAGUACCUUAUAUAAUGGGCUGUUAAAAAGUGCCUUUGUAACAAAUAUAUUCCAAAUGUUAAGGAAUGUUUUUUUUACUUCUUACUUAGUGAAUGUUAAAUAGUACAUCCAUUUCAAUGUUAAAACUAUAAUUAUGUUUCAGACUUUAAGAAUUUAUAUAACGGCAAUUAAGUAUGAUGUACUUUUUUUAGACUUACUUUGUAUAAAGUUCAAUAUAAAAUCUGUCUUUAUUAAAGAAAGGUGAAGAUUCGUCUUUCCUGGUUUCUGACAUUUCGGGUUUUUUCUUGCAUUUGUUAAUAUAUUAUCAUAAUCAUUAGUUUUCUAAUUAUAAAUGUGUGGUUUCUAGUUCUGUUACAUUGCUAUAAACUAAUGUCAAAACUUAAUAUGAUGGUGUUAGCUUAAUAUGGCAGUAUUUAGUGUGAUAUGAAUUUUAAUUGAAUAAAAAGUGCUCAUAGA